AUGAAGCUACCUGAACUACCACCACCAUCUCAGCAAGUCUUCUCGGAGAAUAUGGGGUCAUAUGUUCAGGUUGCAAGUAAUAUUUCCAGAGCCAGUGAUCUACUCAUGGCGGUAACUUCAAGCGCCGAAGUCAACAGAAUGAAAAUCAUUGAUUUAGCUUUGGAAGCAAUGGAAGAGCUAAAUAAAUUGGCCCUAGCUCGAGAACCUCUAUGGCAGUAUGACACAGAAAGCAAUACUGAAUUUCUUAGUGAUGUCGAGUAUAUGAGGGAAUUUGGACACAUAAGUGCUUCACUGAAAGAAAUUAUUAGAAUGGUUGAGGUGGGAGACUCUCAAUCCGAGCUCCCAAGAUUCAGAAACAUUAACGAUUCUGAAUUUUCAGUGGAAAGUGAGUAUGGCCCAAUGUCAAUAGAAAACCAACCUGAAAAACCAGUUAGUUCGGAAACUUCACGAGCUAUUGAAUAUGUCAACAUGAAAGCAGUCCACCUUGUUCAUUUGCUAAUGGAUUUGAAGCAAUGGCUACUGGUGUUUCCUAAUAUUGUGUCUAGAGCAAACAUAGUGGGAGUAUUAUCCUCAUCAAGAUCUGAAGGCAACUAUGAUGGAACCCUGCAAGUGAUGACAGCGGAGUUUCAUGCCCCAACACCACUUAUUCCAGCUCGAGAAAGUUACUUUGCAAGGUACAGUAAACAACUGGACAGAGAUAUGUGGGUAGUUGUUGAUGUAUCCUUGGAAGAUUUGUUUCAGUUUCCAUCAACUAACUUUCGGAGACAACCAUCAGGAUGUAUAAUUCAGCAAAUGCCGAAUGGAUGCUCAAAGGUCAUAUGGGUGGAGCGUGUGGAAGUGGAUAACAGAAUGGUUCACAAUAUGUUUAAGACACUGGUCAGUUCUGGUUUUGCAUUUAGCGCAAAGCGCUGGGUUUCCGCUUUAGUUCGACAAUGUGAAUGGUUGGCAACUCUAAAUUCUACAAGCUCCCCUACAUCUGAUUGUAUGUUAAUAUCGAAAGAUGGAAGAAACAGCUUGUUGAAGCUUUCGGAGAGGAUGAUGAGAAGUUUUGUUGCUGAUAUUAGUGCUUCUAUAGAAAACAAAUGGAAGACAUUACCUGUGUCUGGAGCCGAAGAUGUAAAGGUCACAACUAAAACUAGCUUAAAGGACCCCGGAAAGCCGCCUGGUACCACCUUAUUAUUUGCUACUUCUGUCCAUCUUCCAGUCCCAAGAACUCAAGUAUACAAUCUGCUUCGCAGUGGUGAAACUCGAUUCAUGUGGGAUAUGAUGUCGUAUGAAAAAGAUACAAGAGAAAUUGCUUAUAUCGCAAGCGGUGACCAUACGGGGAAUCGUGUUUCGAUAAUUGAAGUAGAAAAUGGUGCAACAAAGGAGAUUGAAGUAUUCUACUUGCAGGAGAGUUACACAGACUUAAAUGGUUCAUACGUAGUUUACGCACCCAUUGACCAGUUGGCCAUGUCGGCUCUUUUGGAUGGCGUAAACCCAGACGAGGUUCCUAUCCUUGCAUCUGGGUUUUCCAUCCUGCCCGAUAGACCAAUGGCCAAUAUUGAUGAAUCUGGUGGAAGUCUGUUAACUCUUGCCUUGCACAUCACGGAAGGAGGCGCAACGGAGGAAUUUAUCCCUCCUAGCACAGUUCAAACUAUACUCCACAUCAUUGCUGGAACUGUGAUCCAAAUCACGCAUGUACUCUCAAAUGAUGGAGAAAAUAGUGUCGAACCAGAGCCCUUUAGAGGAGUUGAGGGCUUGUAUCUGGAAACCACCAACAAUGUUGAAGAUCAGGAAGAAAUCAGUGAGAGAGGAAGAAAGAGAAAGUUUGGAUUAUGCGACGGCGGUGUCGGUGGGGACCUCGCAUCCGGUGACGCGCUUGCAACCUUCAACGACCUGGGAGGGUUCGAAGGACAAAAAAUGGCAAAAGGAGGAAGAAACAAGUCCAAAAUCCAUAAUGAUGAUGAUCAAGACUUUGACGAAUGGAGGACCAAGCAGAAGCACGACCGCCAGCAAGGUGUGACAGGAGGUGUGACAGGACGUGUGACAGAUGUUGUGACAGUAGGUGUGACAGAUGUUGUGAUAGUAGGUGUGACAGAUGUUGUGAAAGAUGGUGUGACAGUAGUUCUGGCUGCAUUUGUUAGUGAUUCAAAAUGUAAAGUCCCACCAAGCAAGAAAACCACAACUCUCAAAAGGCGGAAAAUCAGCAAGGAGGAAGUAAAAAGGAAGAGAAGGAGAGAAGAGUCUGAAGAGAGUGACGAUGAAACACAAACAAACAAUGAAACAAGUGCAAAUGACACUGAGAAUGACAGUAAGGAUAUUCAUGAUGACAAUUCCAACAGUGAAGAUGAAAACGAAGACAAUAGUGGUUGGAGUGACGAUGACAAUGACAAUGAUGACGACGACGAUGAUGACAUUGACGGUGAAGAAGAUGAUGAGAGCAACAGCAGUAGUAAUGAGGAGGAGGAGAUUCCUUUGAAGAAAAAAAGUAUAAAAAUGAAGGGGAUGAAGAUUAAGGUGAAGGGAAGGGUGAAAGAGAAGAUUUCAGCACAAAAGAAAUCCAAAACUAACAAGCCAAAAGAGAAAACCAGUAAAACGGCACCGAAAGCGAAAAAGAAGAGCAAAAAAGACCAAAGCGUAAAGUAUAGAUCAGCAUACCCGGAUCCUACUCCUUAUAAGAAGAAGAUCAAGGCAUGCUCCUUGCAAAUAUUGAGGGAAGGGCCGUUUGGGCAGUUCUUCUCUACAAUAUAUGAUGGAGUGAUCACAAGGAAAAUGAUGACGAAGUAG